AUGGGCGAUAGCGACGAAAAGCAAAAGAAGGACAGGGAGAUUGAGAGUGAAGAUGUGGAUGAGAUAGAUGGAAAGCGGAUGGAUGGAUGGGCUGACGCCGCGACUGUGACCAUUCGCACCCGUAAGUUCCUUACGAACCGCCUGCUUCAGCGCAAGCAAAUGGUGGUUGAUGUCAUCCAUCCUGGUCGCGCCACUGUUGCCAAGGAGGAGCUCCGCGAGAAGCUCGCAAAGAUGUACAAGGCCAACAAAGAAGUUGUCUCUGUCUUUGGCUUCAAGACCCACUUUGGUGGUGGCAAGACCACCGGCUUUGCUUUGAUUUACGACUCUGCUGAAUCCCUCAAGAAGUUCGAGCCCAAGCACCGUCUUGUCCGCAUUGGCCUUGCUGAGGCUCCUAAGGGUGGUCGUAAGCAGCGCAAGGAAAAGAAGAACCGCGCGAAAAAGCUCCGUGGAACGAAGAAAGCCAAGGCUGCUGCUGGCAAGAAAUAA